AUGGCUGAAUUGAAGGAAGAAGAAUACGUGCACCAAGUGUACAACGAUAUUGCUCCGCAUUUCUCACAAACCAGAUAUAAGCCAUGGCCAAUUGUAUCGGAGUUUUUGAUGUCUAGAGAGAUGGGUUCUAUCGGUAUUGAUGUUGGCUGUGGAAAUGGGAAGUACCUUGCUGUGAACCCGAAUGUUUUUAUUUUAGGUUCAGAUAGAUCCUCGGGGUUAAUUACGUGUGCACAUGAUAUCAAUUCACAGUACAAUGUUCUAAUUGCAGACGGGAUCAAGCUACCUCAUCGCGAUAAUACUUUCGAUUUCGCUAUAUCCAUUGCGGUGGUGCACCACUGGUCGACCAGAGAAAGAAGAGUUGGAGCCAUAAGACAUAUCAUCAGCAAAGUAAGACCCGGAGGAGAAGUUUUGAUUUACUGCUGGGCAUUGGAACAAGGUGAUUCUAGAAGAGGGUAUCGAGAGGGUAUGGAACAAGACGUUUUAGUACCGUGGGUUUUACAAGAUCAGAAGAGGGAUACGGAAAUUGAUGAGAAAUCUGGUAAAAAGGGCAAAAUACAAGUCCCCAAGCCAGAUUUAUCCACCGUUCCUAAACAUGAAAGAUCUGAAUUCUUGAACAAAUGGAAACUAGAACAGGAAGCUCUCAGGCUAAAAAGAGAGCAGGAAAUAGAGGAAGAGCGCAAGAAGCUCGAAAAGGAGACAAAAUCCAACACGAAGUAUCGUUACUACCAUCUAUAUCGCGAGGGGGAACUAGAAGAGGAUUGCCAAAUGGCCGGAGGAAUAAUAGUUGGACAAGGUUACGAAAAGGAUAAUUGGUACGUAGUUGCUAGAAAGCCUGGCAACCCUUAA